GGGAGUUUGGGAGAAUGGGUUUCAUUUCUGUGUAUGAAGCCGUGCGGCUGGAGGCACAUUGAAAAAGCUGCUAGAAGGCUGGGUGAAAGGCUUGUAUUUAAAAAACAUGUAAAGACUUUACCAAGGCAAAUCUAUUUGAAGAGAAAUGAAAAGGAAAUCAAGAGAAAGCAUGGGAUCGCUACAACAAAUUACAUUUUGUAUCGCCAUCUGUGCUUUGGUUUCACCUUGCAGCACAUUUUCCUUAACGAAUUGUACAAUCAGCAGUUCCCAAAAAGACAUCAAGACACAGCCAAAAGUGCUUUGCUACAAAAUGAAUUUCUUCACAAUUCCACGGGUGCCCAACAAUACCUGGAUUUUAGACAUCUCCUUUAAUUCUUUUGCACAGAUCCAGAUUGGAGACCUUAACAUUUUAUUAAACUUACAGUACUUGAACGCAUCCAACAACAAGAUCUCUAAGAUUCAAGAUGGUGCAUUUGACAAUCUUAUUAACUUAACUGAUCUAAAUCUGGCCAGCAACAGAUUGAAUGGAGUGCCAAACGGUAUGUUGCAAGGCCUAACCAACCUACUGGUGCUACGACUGGAUCGCAAUUAUAUCAGUGUCAUCCAAGAGUCAGCUUUCAGCACACUUCACAGUUUACAAGUGUUAAACCUAUCCAAAAACCACCUCCGUCAUAUAGACAACGUCAAGCCGGUUCUUGCAUCGCUAUAUUUAGAGGAACUGUACAUCGGAAGCAACUAUUUUAAUGUUUUUAACUCCUCUGAAUUGUCAACAAACCCCUUGUCAUUAAAAAGGCUUGAUUUGUCCAACAACCGUUUCACAGCAUUUCAGCUCACAAACAAUAUAUUUCCAACUCUCAAUCACCUGGAUUUAUCCUACUGCGGUCAUAAUGGAACCAUGGCAUGGAAUGUCACAGAAAAGUCAUACUUGGCUUCAGUGAAAACACUGUACUUCAUGAAUGUAAACAUGUCACUUCAGACUGCUGAUAAUGUGCUUCAGAGCUUCAACAACACACUAAAUAAAAUCAGACUUAAUGGAAACAUUCGGUUGAACAAGACUAGCCUUCUGCUUAGCGCAUGUUCUCCGAUGCUAAGAGUGUUGCGGCUAAUUGCAACCAAAAUAAAACACCUCACCAACCACAUGUUUGAUCCCUGUUCUGAGCUGAGCGAAUUAGAUUUAGGAGGUAAUGAAAUAUCCAAUUUAUCCCAGAGUAUGUUCAGAGGAUUCAAGCAACUGAAAAAACUGCAACUGCAAAUCAAUAAACUGACCCGAAUUACAAACUCCUUUCAAAUUCUCACCAGUCUGGAGUUCAUUGAUCUCAGUAGAAACAACAUCCACAAGCUCUCCUGUGAUGACUUUGCCAAUUUAACACAGGUGCAAACACUGUACUUGUACAGUAACAAAAUCUCAUCCAUUAGAUCAUGUUUGUUCAAGGACCUCAAGAGUCUUGAAGUACUCAGGCUUGGAACUAAUAAUCUGUUGAAGAUCGAUGAUGCUUUCAGCAACGGGCCAUAUUUUCUAAAGGAACUGCAGCUUAGUUAUAAUAAGCUAAGCCUAAUCAAAAAUCACACUUUUGGAAAUCUGCCACAGCUAAACAAUUUGUCUUUAGAAGACAAUCAGAUUUCAGAGAUCGAAGGCUAUGCAUUCGGAGGACUGGAGAACCUGACCUCUCUAUUUCUGUCAUCAAACAAAAUAACAGGGAAGACAUUAACUACACACCCAAAUGUGUUCUCGGGCAUGCCCAACCUCCAAAACCUCGAAUUGUUUGCCAACAGCAUCUCAUUUGCAAACGAUAAAUUGAAAUACCCUCUUUUUAAAGACCUGAAGAAUCUCAGAGAGUUGUCCCUGUACAGUCAGCGGCGUGGAAUCGGACAACUUCCCUCAAAUCUUCUUGAAGGUUUAUCCUGUUUGCAGAUGUUUUAUAUCGGAAACACAAAUCUAAAUCAUCUAAAUCCUUACAUAUUCAAUUUCACCCCACAGCUUUGGUUUUUGGAUCUUUCCAAGAACGCUCUGCGAGAAGACGAUGCAAUCCCACCCGAGCUCUUCCACCCCAUUCCUAACCUGACCAAACUCAUUAUUUCAAGAACUCAGCUUCGCUCGCUCAACUUCCUACUUGAUGCAAAUCUCAACAAACUGUCAACCCUGAGAGCCUCUGGGAAUGAGAUUGACAGCAUCAACGAAACUCUGAUUAAAUCACUGCCUCGACUGGUAGUCCUUGACCUGCAGAACAACACAUUCACUUGCGACUGUAACAAUGCAUUUUUCAUUGACUGGGCCAAGAAGAAUGAAUCCACACAAGUGUAUUAUUUGAGCAGAUACACAUGCAGCUAUCCUCGUACCUUACGAGGCACAAGCUUGGCUGAAUUCAACACUGAUUCCUGCACCUUUAACUGGGACUACAUCUGCUUUGUUUGCAGCAGUAUUUUGGUCAUCCUCACCCUCCUGUUGUCAUUUAUCUGGAAUUUUCUGCGUUAUCAGGUGGUUUAUACAUAUUACCUCUUCUUGGCCUUUCUUUACGACAGUAAGAAGAAUCAGAGCGGUCAGGCGUUCCAGUACGAUGCUUUCAUUUCCUACAACACCUUAGAUGAGGCUUGGGUAAUGGAGGAACUCAUUCCUAAACUGGAAGGAGAGCAAGGUUGGAGAUUGUGCCUCCAUCACCGAGACUUUGAACCAGGGAGGCCAAUAAUAGACAACAUUGUUGACGGCAUUUACAGCAGCCGCAAAACCAUCUGUCUGAUCACCAGGGACUACCUGAAGAGCAACUGGUGCUCCAACGAGGUGCAGGUCGCAAGCUUCAGACUCUUCGAUGAGCAGAAGGAUGUGCUGAUCCUGGUGUUUCUGGAGGACAUUCCCACACACCAGCUCUCGCCGUACCACAGAUUGAGGAAACUGGUGAAGAAGCGAACCUACAUCCGCUGGCCCAAACCUGGAGAAGAUGACAAGAUCUUCUGGCAAAAGCUAAAAAUGGCUUUAGAGACCAAAGACAGUCAUAAAUCAGAGAACUCCAUUUUGUAGGGGUAUUAGAACAGUAUAGUGUAUGGUACUCUUACCCAUGUGUUUUGAAAAUAGGGCAACACAUUGGCUCAGUGGUUAGCACUGUCGCCUCACAGCAAGAAAGUCGCUAUUUUGAGUCCUGGCUGGGUCAGUUGGCAUUUCUGUUUGGAGUUUGUAUGUUCUCCCCGUGCAGCAUGGGUUUCCUUCGGGUGCUCCGAUUUCCCCCAUAGUCCAAAGACAUGCGUUAUGGGAGAAUUGGAUUAUCUAAAUUGGCCGUAGUGUACGGGUGUGUGUAUGAAUGAGUGUGUAUGGGUGUUUCCCAGUACUGGGUUGCGGCUGGAAGGGCAUCCGCUGCAUAAAACAUAUGCUGGAAUAGUUGGUGGUUCAUUUUGCUGUGGUGACCUCUGAAACAGAGACUAAGCCAAAGGAAAAUGAAUGAAUUUUUUGAAAAUAUAGGCUGUUUUUUUAAGAAUGUGGGGUAACACUUUAUUUUGAUGGUCCAUUUGAGUAUUAGUAGACUGCCUGCUUAAUAUCUCUUGAUACAGACCUUCAACAGACAUUUAACUGACUAUAAGAAGCUUUGCAAGUACAUGUCAACUUACACUAAACCUAACCCUAACACCAACCUAACAGCCUACUGUUAAUCUAAUCAAAAUUUGUUGGGAUGGAGAUGCAAUGUAACUUAAAUUCAACAAAAGGACCAUCAAAAUAAAGUGUGACCGAAUGGGGAAGUAGUUCAGUAAACAUAUUGUCCCAAAGCUGUUCUUUUAACUGCAAAUCCAUUCAGUUUAUGUAAAGUAGACUUUUAGUAUAUAAUUAUGCUUUUUUAUUAACAGUAUGUGCUUGGUGAAUUUAUAUAAUCAUGUCCAAAAAUGACAUCUAGAGGGCACAAUUACAAUUACAGGACCACGUACUGUGAUAAAGAAAACCUUGUUUUUGGAUAAGAAACAUGGGUUCCAUUUGCAAAAAGCAAACAAACAAAAAACUAUACAAAAACUAAAAGCUCACAGGAAAUAUGUUGUGUACUUACUUCAAUAUAAUCAGUUAUAUAUUUGAUUAGCAGCUUUUAUACUGUAUAUUUGAUUAGCAGCUAUUCCUAUAGAUUCCUCAAUAAGCAUUUUUCCUUAAGUUAACACAGACUAAACUUUUGAAAUGUGCUGCACAUAAAAAAAGUGUUACACUCUUUGAGUGCGACUAUGCAAAAUGCUUUAAAAAAAUCAACGCAACAUCAACAUCUAAAUAAAGAGCUGGACAGUCAUUUACAGUAUUCACAGUAUUUGGGGGGCAUUUUGUAGUACUAGUCUAAAUAAAAUAGGAAAUGCAUUUUUUUAAAGGUUUUUUUAGAUUUUGGGAGAAAAUAUCAAAUAAAAAUAUGUAAUAAGAUGUGUUUGUGUGUACUAUGUGUUUUACAAUUUUUAUACAAAAUUGUAAAAUGACAGGCGACAGAGUGGCUCAAUGGUUAGCACUGUUGA